AUGAAAUGUUCACAACCAUCCGGGAAGAUGGUUUUCAAAAAAAAAACACCAGAAAUGAGUUUGACAUGUGAAUUUAACAUCACAUUCUUGAUGACAGAAUCUAAAUUUUAUUGGUUCACGCUUCAUCUCUUACCUUUACAAAACUUUUUAGAGUUAACAUUUCACGUCAUGAACAUCAUCGUGUCACCGAGAUUUGUUUUCCGCAGUUAUGCAGAACAAACGGAUUUGAUUGAGUCGAGCAAAAGAUGCUAA